AUGGACGAGUGCCACCAGCAAGACGGAGAUACUCCGGUAGAUCUGCCCGGGGAGCCUCCCUCCUACGAUAGCCUCCUCGAUCCUCCGAUUCUCCGUCGAAAAUAUAAUAUUCAGCCGCGCGAAGACGAAGGCCGCGAGAUCCUUCCAGCCUACUCGAGUGCUAUCAGCAUACAGAAUGUGUUCUCCAAGAAGAUGGAGCUCGAGGGCGUUGUACAGAAAGCUAGAGAUAGGACCUGGUACAAGGUGCUGGCCACAUUGCAGGGGACGGCGUUGAAAUUUCAUAAACUGAAAGGCCAUUCGCUAUUCCUUGGGAAGGAUGAUGGCGAGAAGCUGGGAAGCUCGAUUUCCUCCAAGAAAGGCUCUUUCUUGAAGAGCUACAAUCUUCAGUAUGCGGAUGUUGGCAUUGCUGCUGAUUAUAUCAAGAAGCCCUUCGUGAUACGCGUUCGCGCCGAGACGGACCAGUUUCUCCUCUCUUGUAACAAGAUUGAAACUUUUGUUACGUGGCUCCAGUCCCUCUUCGCUGCUAUCGACCUCGCACCACCCCUCGAUGACCGGGAAAUCCCCCGCGAUAUUUCCAUCCCUCGAAGAACCCGCAGACGCGCAAGAGCUAGGAUUUCAACUGUUCGGCCCGACGCAAAUUUAGUCCGGGAACAAGAAGAAAUUAUCUCGAGCCAGUUUCCCCGGCUAGGCGAGGCGAGCGUGGACAAUGCAGAUACGUCCACGACCCAAGAAGACAUCGAGACCUUUGCCGAGGAAACAGAAUCGUCUUGCACCCCUCCUUCGAUUGCCGUUUCAUCUCCCACGCAAUCAGAAUCCCGGCCAAACCUGUUCUCAAGGGCACGUCAGGCCAUUUAUUCUACUACGCACCUGAACCUCACAGCAGCCGCGACUCCCAAUCCCUCCAUAACUUCUGAUGGUAAAUGGCGACCUGAACACCAGUGGACACCUUUUUACGACAUGUUGUAUGCGAAACGUUGUAUGGCUAUCCUCACCCUCCGCAGUCCCAGGAAGAGUAAUCUGGUAAUUGUGAAGGGAAAGCAAUGGAUCGUGGACUUGGCCACGGGGAAGCUGGAGAGAUAUCAGCCUCCUGAUUAUGGGGAGCUUGAGGGGAAGGAAUUGACUGGUGGGUCGGCUGUUAGACGGAAUAGGAUUUUUACCAGAGCCUAG